GCCAUAACUGAGAUGGAUGAACACAAUCGUCCCAUUCAUACUUACCAGGUAUGUAACGUGAUGGAACCGAACCAGAACAACUGGCUUCGGACAAACUGGAUCUCCCGUGAUGCUGCACAGAAAAUUUAUGUGGAAAUGAAGUUUACCCUGAGGGACUGCAACAGUAUUCCAUGGGUGUUGGGAACCUGCAAGGAAACUUUUAACCUCUACUACAUGGAAUCAGAUGAAUCUCAUGGAGUAAAAUUCAAGCCAAACCAGUAUACUAAAAUUGAUACUAUUGCAGCUGAUGAGAGCUUUACCCAGAUGGACUUGGGCGACCGCAUUCUUAAACUGAACACAGAAGUUCGUGAGGUUGGGCCAAUAAACAAGAAAGGAUUUUAUCUUGCUUUUCAGGACAUUGGAGCAUGCAUUGCUUUGGUCUCAGUCCGUGUUUAUUACAAGAAGUGCCCUUUCACAGUCCGUAACUUGGCUAUGUUUCCUGAUACUAUUCCAAGGGUUGAUUCUUCCUCUUUGGUGGAAGUGCGGGGCUCCUGUGUGAAGAGCGCUGAGGAACGGGAUACUCCAAAAUUGUACUGUGGAGCGGAUGGGGAUUGGCUUGUGCCUCUUGGGCGAUGCAUCUGCACUGUAGGAUAUGAAGAACUGGAUGGCUCCUGCCAUGCCUGCAGGCCCGGGUUCUAUAAGGCAUUUGCUGGGAAUGUGAAGUGUUCCAAGUGCCCACCGCACAGCCUCACCCAUGUGGAAGCCACGUCCGUCUGCCAGUGUGAGAAAGGGUACUUCCGAGCCGAGAAGGACCCUCCGACCAUGGCAUGUACCCGGCCACCCUCUGCUCCGAGAAAUGUAAUCUUUAACAUUAACGAAACAGCUCUCAUGUUGGAAUGGAGCCCCCCGAGUGACACCGGAGGAAGGAAAGAUCUCACGUACAGCGUCAUCUGCAAAAAGUGYGGGUCGGACACCAGCCAGUGCGAGAUUUGUGGAGGAGGGAUCCGCUUCAUCCCGCGCCACACCGGUCUGAUCAACUCCUCCGUGACGGUGCUGGACUUCGUGUCGCAUGUGAACUACACCUUUGAAAUAGAGGCCAUGAAYGGCGUCUCCGAGCUGAGUUUCUCACCCAAGCAGUUCACGGCUAUCACAGUUACCACCGACCAAGAUGCACCCUCCUUGAUAGGUAUGGUAAGGAAGGACUGGGCUUCCCAAAACAGCAUUGCCCUCUCCUGGCAAGAGCCGGACUUUCCCCAUGGAGCCAUUCUGGACUACGAGAUCAAGUACUAUGAGAAAGUCUACCCCCGGAUAGCGCCGGCAUUUUGGCACUACCUGCGGGUAGAAGAGCAUGAGCAGCUCAGCUAUUCUUCCACAAGGUCCAAGGCUCCAAGUGUUAUCAUCACAGGUCUCAAGCCAGCCACCAAGUAUAUAUUUCAUAUCAGAGUCAGGACGGCAGCAGGAUACAGCGGCUAUAGCCAGAAGUUUGAAUUUGAAACUGGAGAUGAAACUUCUGAUAUGGCUGCGGAGCAGGGGCAGAUUCUUGUAAUUGCCACUGCUGCUGUUGGUGGAUUCACUCUCCUCGUCAUCCUCACUUUGUUCUUCCUCAUCACCGGGAGAUGCCAAUGGUACAUAAAAGCCAAAAUGAAGUCUGAAGAGAAAAGAAGGGCUCAUCUGCAAAAUGGACACUUACGCUUUCCAGGAAUCAAAACAUAUAUUGAUCCAGACACGUAUGAAGACCCAUCCCUUGCUGUCCAUGAGUUUGCAAAGGAGAUAGAUCCUUCAAGAAUUCGUAUUGAGAGAGUUAUUGGGGCAGGUGAAUUUGGAGAAGUAUGCAGUGGACGUCUGAAGACACCAGGAAAGAGAGAGAUACCUGUUGCAAUUAAAACACUAAAAGGUGGCUACAUGGACAGACAGAGAAGAGAUUUCUUGAGAGAAGCCAGUAUCAUGGGACAAUUUGAUCACCCAAACAUAAUCCGCCUUGAAGGAGUAGUUACAAAAAGAUCCUUUCCGACCAUUGGGGUGAAGUCUCUUUCGCGAUUCCUGAGGGCGGGAUUUUUAAAUAGCAUCCUGACCUCACAUCCAGUGGCAGGGGGUGGAUCUUUACCCCCCAGCAUUUCUUCUGGCAGACCAGUAAUGAUUGUAGUUGAAUACAUGGAGAAUGGAUCCCUUGACUCCUUUCUGCGGAAGCACGACGGGCACUUCACAGUGAUCCAGCUGGUUGGCAUGCUGCGUGGGAUUGCGUCUGGCAUGAAGUACCUCUCCGACAUGGGCUACGUGCACCGGGAUCUGGCAGCCCGGAAUAUUUUGGUCAACAGUAACCUCAUGUGCAAGGUCUCUGAUUUUGGUUUGUCACGGGUGUUGGAGGACGACCCUGAAGCCGCUUACACAACAAGCGGUGGAAAAAUUCCCAUAAGAUGGACUGCUCCUGAAGCUAUAGCUUACAGGAAGUUCUCUUCCGCAAGCGAUGCAUGGAGCUAUGGGAUUGUAAUGUGGGAAGUGAUGUCCUACGGCGAGAGACCGUACUGGGAGAUGUCCAACCAGGAUGUUAUACUGUCUAUAGAAGAAGGUUACAGGCUUCCAGCUCCCAUGGGCUGCCCAGCUUCUCUUCACCAACUAAUGCUUCACUGCUGGCAAAAGGAGAGGAACCACCGCCCCAAAUUCAGUGAUAUUGUCAGCUUCCUAGACAAACUCAUCCGCAAUCCAAGCACCCUUCAUACUCUAGUGGAGGAUGUACUUGUAAUGCCAGAUUCACCUGGUGAAGUUCCAGAAUAUCCCUUGUUUGUCUCGGUUAGUGAUUGGCUGGACUCAAUAAAAAUGGGUCAGUAUAAAAAUAACUUCAUGGCAGCGGGUUUCACAACCUUGGAUAUGGUCUCAAGAAUGAGUAUUGAUGACAUUAGAAGAAUUGGAGUUGUACUCAUCGGACACCAGAGACGAAUAGUGAGCAGUUUACAGACUUUGCGGUUACACAUGAUGCACAUACAGGAGAAAGGAUUUCAUGUAUGAAAAGUACUAGAAUCAACUGUGUUUUGUGCCUCAGCAUUUCUAAAAUGGAAAAUAUUCUCAUUCUUCCCUUCCGCUCUUCCCAGCUUCAAGAACUGCAGUCUCCUGUUCAGACUAUAAAAAGUACUUCUAGGUCAAUGCUUCCAAACGGGAAUUUUUAAUCACACUGCAUAGUUCCUUCGUCAGUUAUCUGCCAAUAAAAUCCUGGCCUACUGCAAGACUCUUGCUACACAUUGAUGAAUAACUCAGCAUGGAUGUGUAACUUUGUAUAACAGUUUUUGGGAAACUUUCAUGAACUUAUUUGAAAGUAGCAAUCUAUUUGGCCUGGCGUGGCUUCUUUAUCGAUGUAUUUAGAGUUUGCUGGUAGAUCGAAAAGUAUUUGACUUCCUUCAUGUUCUGUGACCAUGUAACUUCCAAUAUCAAAUGUGCAAUCAAGGAGAAGUUUGACAUAAAUAUUUAUUUUAUCUCUUAAUUAAACCCGAAUGUAUGGGUCCUAUCAUUAUAUUACUUUAUAACAGUUUAAAUGCUAUUAAGCUGCUGCCUCAAAAUGUUAGAAUUCUUUGCAAAAAUGAGCGAUGAUUUCAUCUAGCUAAUUUCCAUUGUAUGAUAUGUGAGGAUAGUGGGAAAAAAAAGUUGUUUGAAAUCGUAAGGUCCUUGAUUUCAGAUUACUUUGGCACUCGACACUUUUUAUGCUUUAAACUGUAGAUUAAGUUUUUAAAUUUGUUCAUUCUUGGGAUUUUUCCUCACUUGUUCUUCUUUUUAUCACUCAGCAUUUGCUUCUACCCUGUGGGAGAUUAAGCCUGGAAAACUGAUGACAAAGUUCUCUUAGCCACAUAGAAAACAUGGUUGUCAGCUACCCCGUGGCCCCAUGACUUGAGAAGGGUUUCUCUUCGAAAAACACAGGCCCCCAUUACUUGAACUAAGGGUAAUCUCCAUCAGUGGCAGCAGACCUUGGAGGGCCAGCCUUGUGUGGGGCGAUGUGUUUACUCCCAUAGCAGCAGGUCGGCCCUGCCAUCCAGCUGAGGGCAGCGGUACGAACGCAAGCUGAUGCUGAAAGUUACACUCCGUGGUAUUCAGCUAUCGUACCUAUAGUACAUGCAGGCAGAAAAGGAGACAUAGGACAGCAGUGUAAUAAUGUGUUGCCUUGAGUCUACUUCUAACUGCUUUUAGAAGUAAAGCACAGACUCUGACAGAAUGGAGUUCUGGUUACUACGGGCUAGAUCUUCAUUUAGUGCAAAUACGUAACUGACAUSGAAGAAAAUUCUCUUUAGAACUCUUCAAUAGCCAUAUUUACAUGCAAGAAAACGGCUGCAAAGGCCUAACGUAAUAUUUGUACCUCUGUAAGACUUAGAGCUUUCACGUUUUCUUCCGAUACCGUACGCAGAUGUGCUGGGCUCCCUUUCCAGAGCUGUGYGUGGGAUAUGCGCCGCGGGGCCUGAGAGGGGAGCGCGUGGCGGUCCGCGUGCUGCGGUAGCCACACGCACAGCUCUGCUCGCGUGCCACGUGUGAGCCGGGCAUCGAUGCUUUGGUUAAUUCAUACACGGUUUGCGGGACUUCUGUUGAGCUACGUGGCGUUCCUAUAUCCGUGAGCAUUUCAGAUCUUGAGUUAAAAUGUGCAUUUGGGCAAUUAGUAGGAUAGAUGUGUGUAUCAAAAUGAAUUAACUGCUUUAUGUAAUCAUAAUGGUAUUUACUGCUUAAUUUACAGCUUGCAAAUCAAAGUGUACUUCCUGACACUGGGAAAAAGGCUGUUGUGUACCGGUGGCAGAGAAGGAAAAGCAGAAAGCAACUCAGAAAAGAUUAUGCUUCCAACCAGUUCACAGAGCAAGACAUGCUGGGCCUGAUUCACUGUUGUCACUUUAUGUUGGAAUAACUUCAGUAAUUUAAAUAGGGUUACAGUAGAGAACUGAGUACAUUUUCCUUUUUUUCCAUUAAAAAAGAUUUAACUGAGGAACAACUUUUCUAAAGAAAAGGAUUCACAGGUGGCGACUGGAUAAGCGUGUUUACAGAAGGGCAGGAGCAGCCCUACUCUAGCUACAAAGGGGGCUUCAUCGGCACGAGUAGCGCCGCUGAACUCGGGAGGACUGCACAAGCGCGUGGGUUUUGCAAGAUCACAGGCCUUGAGGGGAAAAACAGCCUUUGUUCUUUCCUGUUACUGUCACCCGGGACGUUCUGCCCCACUUCCACAUCUGAACAAUUUCCGGUAAGGGGUCUUGUUAAAAAAAAAAAAAAAAAAAGAUUGUACUUACUUUUGAAUCCUUUGCAAAUAACAACAUCAGAGGGUGGUGUAGACGUUGGUUUUUCAUCUUCCAUUUUGCCUGACAGUGUUUCCACAGCCAUCUGUGGAAGAAGCCCCUCUGA